ACUUUAUUUAUUAGUCACUUACUGGCCUAUAGGCAUUGCAUUACUAAAACAUUACAAUUGUUUCUUCAUUGCUGCAUUCUAGAGAAAAUUCAAUGGCGAAAUCACCAGAGGUUGAGCACCCCAACAAAGCCUUGGGCUGGGCAGCCAGGGAUACUUCUGGGAUCCUCUCUCCCUUCAAUUUCUCAAGAAGGGCAACAGGAGAGAAGGAUGUAAAGUUCAAAGUUCUUUAUUGUGGAAUAUGCCACUCGGACCUUCACAUGAUCUUGAACGAAUGGGGCAUGACCACCUACCCACUUAUCCCUGGGCAUGAGAUUGUGGGUGUAGUGACAGACGUGGGCAGUAAAGUACAAAAGUUCAAAGUUGGAGACAAGGUUGGCGUUGGCUGCAUGGUUGGAGCAUGUCUUUCUUGCGAUAGCUGCACCAACCACCUUGAAAACUACUGCCCCAAAACGAUUCUCACCUAUGGUGCUAAGUAUUAUGAUGGAACCACCACCUAUGGAGGAUACUCCGACACCAUGGUUUCGGAUGAGCACUUUGUGAUCCGUAUUCCAGAAAACCUUCCACUAGAUUCUAGUGCUCCUCUCCUUUGUGCUGGGAUCACAGUGUACAGCCCCUUGAGAUUUUAUGGACUUGACAAACCUGGUAUGCAUGUGGGUGUGGUUGGCCUUGGUGGUCUAGGCCAUGUUGCUGUGAAGUUUGCUAAAGCUAUGGGGGUUAAGGUGACAGUGAUCAGUAGUUCACCUAAUAAGAAGAAAGAAGCUAUGGAACAUCUUGGUGCUGACUCAUUUUUAGUUAGUAAAGACCAAGAUCAGAUGCAGGCAGCCCAGGGCACGAUGGAUGGUAUCAUUGAUACAGUCUCUGCUCAGCACCCUCUCCUACCUCUAAUUGGUUUAUUGAAAACACAAGGAAAACUCGUUAUGGUUGGUGCGCCAGAGAAACCACUUGAGUUACCAGUUUUUCCAUUAGUCAUGGCAAGGAAGUUACUGGGUGGUAGUUGCAUUGGAGGCAUGAAGGAAACACAAGAAAUGAUUGAUUUUGCAGCCAAACACAACAUAAAGGCUGACAUUGAGGUUAUUCCUAUCGAUUAUGUGAACACUGCCAUGGAACGCCUCCAGAAAGCAGAUGUCAGAUAUCGAUUCGUCAUUGACAUUGCAAAUACAUUGAAGUCGAACGCUUGAAUUUUGCUGCCUUUUGAGCAAGAGUUGCUGACCAGACUAGGAUAUGUAUUCAGUUGAUAAAAUCGUCUUAUAUCUGGAAUUUUGUUUUCUUCUAGUUCUGUUUUUUGAAUAAGUCUUCCAAAUACUAUGAUGGAAAAGAAAUAAUAGGCUGCUCGUGUUGGAAAAACAGAAGUUGCAAUAAUUUGUUGGUUUUGGAUUUUAAUUUUUAAUCAUUCAGUGAGUUCUAAGGUCCUUGUAAUCUCUUCUCCUGUUUCAGAUUAGUAAUGUCAUUUGAAAAGGACACCAGCAAUUGAGCCAA